CUGCGUCUGAAAGGGGACAAUGGAGGCUGGAUAUAUCAACAUCGGCGAAAUCGAGUUCAUUUGUGAUUCAGCCCCUUUCACCAUGGUUCCCUUAGCCCAGUCGGAGGCAUUCCUCACGGACCUCUUGGAUAAAGUGUGCGAGCGAAUGAAUGACUACAAGCUCGAAGAAGACCCCGUGACUAAGGAGAAGACUUUCAAGAGAUUUGCUCCAAGGAAAGGAGACAAAAUAUACAAAGAAUUUUUAAAAUUCUAUUUUUAUUCUGAUGCUUACAGACAUUUGAAAUUCGCGUGUGAAACUAGAAUGGAAGAGUACGAAGAUGAAAUAUUCUCACUUAUCGCCCAGGAGGCACACUAGCUCACUGACAAGCUGUGCAGUGAAAAAUCAGGUCUGUGUGAAACUUCUACUAAUCACACUGAACUCUAGGAAUGACGGUGCUGCGAGUUAGAGGAGAGACAAGUCACAGCCCCCAAGGUCAAUGUCUGCAUUUCUGUCUUCAUGUUUCUUCAUGAGAAGAAACUUUACGUCUCUUGUUCGUACUGCAUUGUCUCAUGUUUGAUAUUUUAUUGAAAAUCUCUUGUUUGGCAUCAUGACGAGCCCCAAUUCUUUCUAUAGGUGAAGCUGAGGGGUGCAUGAAACGAAUUACCUUUGUAGAUUUUGAUAUAAACAGGCUUGGCAGGAAAGCAUUUAACUCAGUAAUAGGAAAAAAGUGAAGACAUUUCAUAAAUGAAAUAAGGAUUUAAUAACGUGUACUGUAUAUUUCAUGCACAUAUACAAGUAUAGUGUUCUGUUUGAUAAAAACUUGAUUUGAUUUCAUAAAUACUUGAUUAGUCAUGAAAUUAAGAAAACAUAUUGCUGCAAAUUCCAGGUUAAUUUUUCUGGGCUGUAUGGCUGUCACUGAAAGAAGCGAACUCACUUUAUAUCAGGAAUGAAAUUUAAAUUUCUAGAAACCUUAAGUUUAAAAACUUUUUAAUGUCUAAAAUUUAAUUAAAUGCAUAAAAAACAGUGAGUACUUUUACAAGGAACAAUAACUAUAUUGGCCUUUCUGAUGCAUACAUCCUGAAUUCAAAUGAUUUAGAAAGUUGAUUUAUUAUUCAUGUAUUUAUUAUCAUGUAGUCUUAAAGGAUGAUACCAGUGGCCAUGUUUUGUUUUGCUGCAAACUCUCCUGUCGUUCCUUUGUUUAUUAAAGAAUUUCACCUAACAUUUAGCGUGUAGAUUUUACUACUAACCAACCUAUCAUUCUUUCUAUGGAUGUUUUUGUAGGUGUGGAGAUGGAAGGAGAGGUGGGAACUUAUGGAAAAUUGCCUUUUGACCACGUUAAUAACAGAGUGUAGUAAUAAUCUCACUCUUGGAGAUUUCAUUGUCUCUGUUAAGUUUACAUUCAUUGGAAUAUAACUUUAAUCAUUUAAAAGGUCAGGACCUAUUUUACACUUGUUUUAAAGAAGAAGUUCUCAUUGUUGUCUCUGAGAGUUUACUAGGUAGGAUGCUUAUACUUUGUUAUGUGGAUUACUAUUUGCUAAGAAUAAGCCAAGACCAAUGAAUCCAUUUCACUGAGGAGUGGAGAGUGGAAUAGAGCAAAGUCCCCAAAACAAAAACUAUUUGCCAUAUGUUACCUGAUGGCCUAGAAAGCACAUUACUUAAGCCACUCAACUGACUCGUCAGGAGGAAACAAUUCUUACAUUUAGAAAAAUUUGCCAAAAUGAAGAGAAAGAGGUUUCCAUUCUUCUCCUUUUCCCACCUCAACUCUUAUUAAAAGUUAGAUUUUUAAAGUGAACUUCAUUUAUUUGGGAAAACUGAGAAGGUUUGUGAUUUUUUGAUACGUCUGUAGCUGGCUAAGUAGUAUAGAUCCUACAUAUUAUAACCCAAUGAGGCUGCACUGCAUACAACUGAUAAAAAAUGGAAAUAGGAUUUAAGAAUAAUUAGCAUCAUUUUUCAGUAGGGUAGUAAAAUUGUGACUUAAAACAUAGUCCCUAUAACUUUAGUAAACUUAGCUAUUUAAGUUUAAUUUAGCAUUUCAAAAAAUGAGUCAUAAACAUUUUCCUAACUUAGGCUUCCUUGGUAAAUGCACUAAACUGUUUCUUCACGGGAACAUAUAGAGACACUGGCACAAAGUUCCCUCGAAAACCAUAACAUUUGUGAUUGUAGAAGUGUUGGCUGCGGUCCUUCCAUACCCUCAAUGGUAAAUCUGACAAAUUCUCACAUCUAGACAGUACUAAUGAAUUUAAGAGAAUUUAAGAGAAUUUAAGAGAUUUUGGGCUUUUGUUUCCCACCUAAAGGACCGUGGGGAGGUAUGCCUUCCCUCCACUGAUGGCUGUUUCUCAUGGAUAUUGAGGCUUCUGCUUUGACUGGAGAGAACCAGACAUCUUGCCUCUGAUGGGGAAUAUCUUAAGGUUUUGCUAAAUAGGGCUUUUCCAUUUUUUCUUGCUUCCCAGUAAAAAUAAUCUUGUCUCUUGCAAGAUUUUCAAUAUCUCACGACUUAGAUAAUUGUUUUCUUUCCAGAUCGAACUUGUUAAACGCAUGUACAUGUUUGUAGUUACUGAUUAACACUACAUUUGAGUGAGCCACUGCAUUUCUUAUGGCUGCGAUGACUUAAGUUUCCCUCUGGGUGUGGUGAGGCUGUGCUGCUUUUAAAUGAACAAUAAUGAGAGAGUAGCUGACUGCUGGCUUUGCCAGGCCUCCAAACACAUUCCUGCCUUUUAAUGACUUUUAUUGACCAAAAACAAAGCAAAAGCAAAAAGCCAGAAAAAAAAAAAAAAGGAAGAAAAAG